CCUAGCACCAUCCUAAACCCUGUUUACCCCAGAAACCUGAACUGUGGACAGACAGAAGAGGAGAGAGAGAGAGAAAAUUCAGACACAAUAAAACUCUGAGGGGAAAAAUAUGUGGAAGGAGGAGGCAGCAGCGGCCUGGGGAAGGGAUUGAAAAGUUUCCCCUGGCUUAACUUCGCCCCCCCUGCAGCAGCAGAAGCAGCGGCAGCAGCACAAGUGCAGAUUUCCAUAUCCAUCACAACUGCAACAGACAGCUGUAGAGCAUUUGAUUUGACCGAGUGUGUGUCUAACGACUUGGAGCACUGCUGUUUUGACACUGACCAAGUAAACAGGUCAUGGCACGCUUAACGAAGAGACGACAGGCAGAUACAAAGGCGAUCCAGCAUCUUUGGGCAGCAAUAGAAAUAAUCCGGAAUCAGAAGCAAAUUGCUAACAUUGACCGUAUCACAAAGUAUAUGUCUCGAGUCCAUGGUAUGCAUCCAAAAGAAACCACUCGUCAGCUGAGUUUAGCAGUCAAGGAUGGUCUUAUUGUUGAAACCUUGACGGUGGGGUGUAAAGGGUCAAAGGCUGGUAUUGAACAAGAAGGAUAUUGGUUGCCAGGAGAUGAGAUUGCCUACGGUAUGCAGCCUUUUUCCCAGACAGCAGCAAAAAACAAGGACUGGGAAACAGAAAAUCAUGACUGGUAUUGUUUUGAAUGCCAUUUGCCUGGAGAGGUGUUGAUAUGUGACCUGUGUUUUCGUGUGUAUCAUUCCAAGUGUUUGUCUGAUGAGUUCAGGCUUAGAGACAGCAGUAGUCACUGGCAGUGCCCAGUUUGCAGGAGCAUCAAGAAGAAAAACACAAGUAAACAAGAGAUGAGCACAUACCUGCGGUUCAUAGUCUCUCGUAUGAAGGAGCGGGCUAUAGAUCUAAACAAGAAAGGGAAGGACAACAAACACCCAAUGUAUAGGAGGCUGGUGCACUCAGCUGUUGAUGUUCCUACUAUACAGGAGAAAGUAAAUGAAGGAAAGUACAGGAGUUAUGAGGAGUUCAAAGCAGAUGCGCAGCUGCUUCUACACAACACAGUGAUUUUCUAUGGAGCGGACAGUGAACAAGCUGACAUAGCGAGGAUGCUUUACAAAGACACAUGUCAUGAACUGGAUGAACUGCAGCUUUGCAAGAACUGUUUUUAUUUGUCAAAUGCACGACCUGACAAUUGGUUCUGCUAUCCUUGUAUACCUAAUCAUGAGUUGGUUUGGGCCAAAAUGAAAGGCUUUGGGUUUUGGCCAGCCAAAGUCAUGCAGAAAGAGGACAAUCAAGUUGAUGUUCGCUUUUUUGGUCAUCACCACCAAAGGGCCUGGAUCCCCUCUGAAAACAUCCAGGAUAUCACAGUUAACAUCCAUCGGCUGCACGUGAAACGCAGCAUGGGUUGGAAGAAGGCCUGUGAUGAGCUGGAACUGCACCAGCGAUUUCUUCGUGAGGGGAGAUUCUGGAAAUCAAAGAAUGAGGAUAAAGGGGAAGAGGAGGCAGAGUCAAGUAUCUCCUCCACCAGCAAUGAGCAACUGAAGGUUACUCAGGAACCAAGAGCAAAGAAAGGACGACGUAACCAGAGUAUGGAACUCAAAAAAGAAGAGCCAGAACCUGAAACUGAAGCAGUAAGUUCAAGCCAGGAAAUUCCCACAAUGCCUCAGCCCAUUGAAAAAGUUUCAGUCUCAACUCAGACCAAGAAGUUAAGUGCCUCUUCUCCAAAAAUGCUGCACCGGAGCACCCAGACCAAUAAUGAUGGAGUGUGUCAGAACAUGUGCCAUGACAAAUACACCAAAAUCUUUAACGAUUUCAAGGACAGGAUGAAAGCUGAUCACAAAAGAGAAACUGAGAGAGUUGUGCGAGAGGCAGUGGAAAAGCUGCGUACGGAGAUGGAAGAAGAGAAAAGGCAGGCUGUAAAUAAAGCUGUGGCCAAUGCACAAGGAGAGAUGGACAGAAAAUGUAAGCAAGUAAAGGAGAAGUGCAAAGAAGAAUUUUUAGAAGAAAUUAAGAAGUUAGCGGGCCAGCACAAGCAGCUGAUUUCCCAGACCAAGAAGAAGCAGUGGUGCUACAACUGUGAAGAAGAGGCCAUGUACCACUGCUGCUGGAACACUUCCUACUGCUCCAUCAAGUGUCAGCAGGAGCACUGGCAUGCUGAACACAAACGUACCUGCCGCAGAAAAAGAUGAAAGAGCUGUUCCUCCGCUAGAACAUCACCCCGAUGAUUGCUAUUCUCAGACACAGCGGUUUUUGUUUCCAAGAAGCCAAAAUUGUUUAGAAUUUGCUUCCCAUUUUGCACCAGCCUUUAAACACUUUUCGUAAAAGAAAUUUUGCACAGUAAUUUCAAUCUUCUGUUCAGUGCUCCUCCAAAAUUUUGCCAGCGGAAUGAAUUGAACAUCUCUGGGAGCAGGUUACUUUAAAUAAUUUUAAACUAGAGGAUUUGUUGCAUUUUCAGCAAAUUUUAAAACAUUUUUAGGUUUUACAGAGAUUUUAAUCUUUAAAAACAGCAGAUCUAGAAUUAAACCAUGCGAGUUUAACAAAAGGAACAUAUAAAAACUAGAUCUGAAUGUAAGAACUUUAGAACUGUUUCAGAAAAACGAAGCAUACUACCUUGAUGUAACAUUUAUUUCUUAACCUUGUUGAGCUGGUUUUGUUCAGCUUAAUUUUACUGUUUAAAGGCAUUAUCUAUUGGUUAUACCAGUGGGUACAUGAUUGAAUUUAGGGAACAGGGUUGACACAGCAGGUGCUACUCCUGCGUAUUUUUUCUUAAAUAUUUCCCAACUGUGUUUUAUUUUCAUUAUUUCUUUUCAAUAUAUAACUUUUAUAACAAAAUAUUAGCUUUGAUCUUGUAGUUUAAAAUCACAGGGAACUGGGGUAAUCUUUUACUGAGCUGGAUCUUAGAGAAAAAUGAAUAUUUAAAUUUUGAAGUUUGCACAUUUCAUCUUUGUCCUGACAUGAGUGCUUGUAACAAGAAUAAGAAAAGCCAAAAAACAAAACCCAAACAAAACAAAACAAAAAAAAACAACUACCUUUAUUCAUGUGUGGAAUUACGAGGCUUACAAAUUUUGUUAAUGUGCCCCCUUCAGCCUCCCCAAGCCAAUGUCAUCUGACUGCCUACGAUCUGGUGUCACCUGGUCCAUUGUAACUCGAUAAUAAAAGGAGAAAAAGCACUUACGUUUCACAGAAGCCGUUAUGUUUGUAGUAAUGGGUCAUUGCCUAAUAAUGAGCUCCAUCACUGUACUCAGAAUGAAGAAUAAUGCAUGUUAAUUUUCUUGUAUUAAAGAUGCCGUGAUUUGUAAAAAGUCUGUAUUUUGCGGAAUGUCUGGAUUAAGAAGCAUUACCAAUAGGAAUGGAUCGAUAGUUGAAAAAUGAUUUUUUUUUUGUUUGUUUUAUAUAUAGAUAUAUGAAUUGCAUCCAUGUUCAGAGACAAUUUUUUAAAUAGAUGUAAAGCUUACUUAAAUAGCUUUUCUUUUCAAGUGUCUCCGCAUUUUAGUUUCUUCUUUCAAAGGCUGGUCUUAGACCAAGUCAUAUGCCCAUUAAUCAUCCCGCUAUUUUUUGAGGAGUUAGAGGAAUAAUUUGUAAAUAUUUAUUUAGAUCUUUGAUAUUUAUUGAAAGCAAUUACAUGAUGGAACGAUGGAAGCUGAAGAAUCAGGAGAGCCUUUUAAAAAGUUUUCUCUAGGAUUUGUCAGGGUCAUUGUAAAGAUGAAAAUACAACUAAGACUUCUGUGAACUGCCAUUGGAAUCCUGAUCUUUUUACUUACAGCGGUGAUAGAAGUUAAUUGACUUGAUACUGCCAAAUUGCACCCAACACCUUGUGGAAAUUGAGCGGUAAGCUGAUGGGAGAAAAUAGUACGUAGAUGGUAACUUGUAUUACCAUAGCUACAUUAUUGCCUGAUUAAUGUGUAAUUAACUUUUGUCGCCUCUGUGUUGUGACUGUAAAACACUUCACAACUAAAAAUCAAUCCUGUUCAAUUACUUUACGAGUUCCAAAACUUCGAUCCACCCCUAUGAAAGCAAGUUAUUGUGGAAAUAUUUUUGGUGUAAAAUCAUUCCAGAAUAUGUAAUAUUUAACUGAUAGCUGCAUGAAAGUAAGAUUCGUGUUACUUUGGCUUUUUUGUCUCUGUUGACACGGUUGCACAUUUCCAAGUUACUACAGCGUGAAAACUGUGUGUUUUAAAGAAAAAA